AUGGCAUUCUCUGCACGACAAGCUACCUACUGGAUGUUCUCCCACUUAUUACGGAAUGGUAGACCUAGGAGCUCGCCAACGAAUUGGAGAACGCUCGCAACUACAAGUGAACAACCCUCAACAUCUGCAUCAAGAAUAGGAGGUAUCCUAUGGGGAGUACCAGUCUUAACAUUCUGUCUGGGUUGCUGGCAAACAUACAGACUAAACUGGAAACUAGAUCUCAUCAAAAAGACGGAAGAUUCUUUGAAAGCUGAUGCAAUUCCAUUCCGAAAGGAUCAGUCAAAACAACAUCAACGAGUCCUUCUACAUGGAAAAUUUAUCCGGCCUUCCUUUCUUUUGGGACCAAGACCACGUAGUUCAGAUACACCUACUUCUGGACUGUUUUCAACUGGUGGAGCGAAUCGCAGUGGUUACUACAUUGUGAAUCCAUUCUUGAUGAAUGGUGAUGAGGACGGUGGUGGUAGUGAGAAGAUACUUGUGGCCAGAGGGUGGUUGCCAAAGGAUGUUGUUGAAUCGAACUGGAAUGACCAGAUGAUUGGAAUGGAGGUGACGUUGGAAGGCAUGGUUCGACAAGGAGAGAACGGAACAUACAUGCCUAAAAACAACCCAGACGUAAAUCAAUGGUAUUGGCUAGACGCAUCUGCCAUGGCGAAACUAGCGUCUAGCUCGGAUACAGUAGUAGAACUGAUAUCAGGCUCAAAACUAAACGAUGCUCAGAUGGGAGUCGUGCCAAAACCGCGGACACCCGGCGUCAAUAUAGCAAACAAUCAUUUAUCAUAUGCGUUGACGUGGUAUGGGUUGUGUGCUUUUAGCACUUGGGCACUGUUACGUGGUCGUCGUAGACCAUCUGGAUUGGUAUUCUGA